AUCAGCUGAUUCUACGCUGCCAUUUUGUCCGGCAGAGCAGCAGUCAGUCAGUCAGUCCGUGCGGAGAAAGCUGUGAGGAGACUUCCCAGACAGCGUCACCGGACUGUUGGUGGGGGGGGGAAAACCCGGUAAUGUGGUUGUAGCAUCCGGAAAACAGCACCAGCCGAACGAGGGGACUCCGAAGGAAAAGGACCGAGCCAAAGGAGCUGUCAUUUUCAACUUACCGGGUCCGCCGGCUGGGCUCGGCUGCCGCUCGACUCGACUCGGCUCGCUCUCUGCUUGGCUAAUCUCUUUAGCUCUUCGGCUAGCUUCUCGCACCUUGAGGAGGAGGAAGAGGGGGGAAACUGGCUGUCAGUGUUGCAGUAACCUCUGACAAACUUUGAAUAAUGCUCUCUUUAGUUCCUUCUUACUUUCCCCACCGGAGCGGGCUCUAAACAGGCACUUUACUGGGGAAGCAGCGAUAGCUUUAACAGCCGAGCUAACAAGUUGACGUGGAGGAGGAACUCAAGUUUUUCUCUUUCUUUUUUUAAAUUUUUUUUUUCAAAGCUUUGAUUUUUUUCUUCUUCUUUUUACACGGAUUACUUCGUUUUCUGCCAAACCGGACCCGGACUUGUCGCUUUUGGUGACUUCAAACAAAGAAUUCAGGUUUUGAAGCAGCCUGUUAGCUAUGUUUAUUUGUGGCCAGAAAGUGAUUUCAAGUGUUUCCAGAUUCCACUGUGGGACUCUUUCCUGGUUCGAGUACUGCAACGGAAACAUUAGCUAACACACACUAGCCCACAACAGCGUCCUUCUGCUUUAUUUACUUCAUAAAUACAAGGAAUAAACUUCCCUCCUCCUUUUUUUUUUUUUUUUUUUGAACUUAUCUCCAAAGAUAAACUGCCGGUUCAGUCAAAUCGGUUUUGCAGCAGCAGUGAUCCGGAGCUUGGUUUGAAGUUUAAAGUUCCGAUCCAUUGAUUGGGUCGUUGUUCUGUCUUGAUUGAGCUGAAGGGGAGAAAAAAGAAAACCCAACAGAGAUGUCGGGCCAGUCUAUUACGGAUCGGAUCGCUGCGGCGCAGCACAGCAUGACGGGCUCUGCCAUCAGCAAGGCGGUGUGCAAAGCCACCACACACGAAGUGAGCGGACCUAAGAAGAAGCACCUGGACUAUUUGAUCCACUGCACCAAUGAGAUGAACGUCAACAUUCCCCAGCUGGCAGACACUCUUUUCGAGAGAACAGCCAACUCAAGCUGGGUGGUGGUCUUCAAAGCCCUCAUUACCACCCACCACCUCAUGAUGUACGGCAACGAGCGUUUCAUCCAGUACCUGGCCUCCAGAAACACUCUGUUCAACCUCAGCAACUUCUUGGAUAAGGGAGCUCUGCAAGGUUACGACAUGUCAACCUUCAUCAGACGAUACAGUCGCUACCUGAACGAAAAGGCCAUGUCCUACAGACUGGUGGCUGUGGAUUUCACCAAGAUGAAGAGAGGUGUCGACGGCGUGAUGCGCACCAUGAACGCAGAGAAGCUCAUCAAGACUCUGCCCAUCAUCCAGAACCAGCUGGACGCUCUGCUGGACUUUCAGGCCAAUCCUAACGAGCUGACCAAUGGAGUGAUCAACUCGGCCUUCAUGCUGCUCUUUAAAGACUCCAUAAGGCUCUUUGCUGCGUACAAUGAAGGAGUCAUCAACCUGUUGGAGAAAUACUUUGACAUGAAGAAGAAUCAGUGUAAAGACGCUCUGGACAUCUACAAGAAAUUUCUUUACAGGAUGACAAAGCUGUCGGAGUUCCUCAAAGUGGCUGAGCACGUUGGAAUAGAUCAGGGUGACAUCCCAGAUCUCUCACAGGCCCCCAGCAGCCUCCUGGAGGCUUUGGAGCAGCACCUUGCCUCUCUGGAGGGCAAGAAGACGAAGGAGUUGAAUGCAGACACAAGAGCGUCCACCUUGUCGAGUGCUGUCUCGUCUCUGUCCUCCACCGGCAUGUCCUUCAGCCGCAUGGAUGAGAAGGAGAAGCAGCAGGCCUUGGAGGAGGAGCAGGCCAGGCUGCUGGCUCUCAAGGACCAGCGCCUGAAGGAGAUCAGCAUGCAGACUCCACCCUCCGCCUCCCCCAGCAGCCAGUCGGUCGGCAGCGCCAACAACAACAACCACAUUUCUCACACCCCAGAGUUGUUUGGCUCCGUGCUGAAUGCAAACAGCGUCCCCAACCUGAACAGCGACCUGUUUGAUCUUCAGCCGGCCUUCAUCCCCGCCGUGCAGAGCACUCCUUCCAUCUCCAACGCCAACAGUGCCUGGGGAGGACUGGAGAGCCAGCCGCUGCAGCAGACCACCCCGGCCAUGAGUGUAGAUUUCGAUGCCGUGUUCGGGAAUAAGGCCACACCCAGUAACAACGGCCCACAACCUGCAGCCGGUUUCGAUGCUCUCGGAGACCUGUUAAAGCCCACAGUCACUGCGCACACCGCACCACCUCCUCCUCCUCAAAUGGCCAUCCAUCCUGGAGGAAAGCUGCUAGCCAAUGACCUCGACUCCUCUCUGGCCAACCUUGUGGGCAAUCUGCAGUUUGGUGGAACCGGUGCCAAGAAGCCAGAGAUGCAGUGGAACCAGGCUGGUGAGAAGAAGUUAACCGGUGGCCAAAACUGGCAAAAUAAGACCAUGUCGACCACGCAGUGGAGCCCCGCACCCAUGGCUCCACAGCCCAUGCCUGUGCCACAUGUGAAUGGAAUGUUCUAUACUAGUUAUGCUCCAGCGCCAAUGGCUUUCCCCAUGACAACACCACAAGUGCCUGUGUAUGGAAUGGUCCCUCCCCAGAUGGCUCAGAUGGGUGGGGUACCUGUGAUGGCUCCACAGCCGAUGAUGUACAACCAGCCUGUUCUCAGACCCACCAACCCUUUCGCGCCCAUGCCAGGAGCCCAGAUGCAGUUUAUGUAAUCCAUUCAGGGGGGAAGCUGAGUGCCAAAAGCGACAAACAAAGCAGCAGAAAAACCCCCAACAAAAACUCACGAGAGGACGAUCGAACGGAAGGGGGGGAACGAUUUGAUCAGGCGAACGAAGAGACACAGACAAGCUGACCGACAGACACCGAAACAGAAGGAGGCCAUGAGGGGCGGAGGGUGUGGGACUCUGUCCCGGCUGGAACGACUGCUGUCGUGCGUGUGUGUGUGUGUGAGUGUGUGUGGGAGAGUGUGGAGCUUCUCUGUGUUUAUCAUUUGUGUUUUAAAUCGUGCAGACGGAGGGAUGGGAUGGACGGACGUCUGGUUUUCACCCAGCCUGUUCGGUUCGGUGUCUGGAUCCAGAAUUAGCUUUAUUUCAAACUGGUGCUAUAUUGUCCUCUCUGAGUUCCUGUCUGCCUGCAACAGCAACUUGGGAGGACGUGUCCUCUUAUUAGAGGACGUGUGUGUGUGUGUGCGCGUGUUCGCAGCAGUUGUUCCAGGUAAUGCAGCCUCUCCUCUCUCUCCUCCCCCCUCAGUCUCUGUUUGUUUUUCAGAGAGAAACGCAGAGGCACAUUUUCUCAAGUAUGUUUCCUGUAAUUUUCCAAUCCAUGUAUUUCUUUUUUCCCCUUCUGUUUUCUUUGCCUUUAACGUUAUCAGGGCUUGUACAGCAGUUUGUCGGAGCGUCAAACAGUAACCCAGCGUUUUCUCCUCAUGGCUUCUUGAGCUCUGCCGCUUUUACGUCAAGACGGGAGAUCGACGACGCGUCGGGACAAAAAAAAAAAAAAAAACACACACAUUUUGUCUCAAGGGCUCGUCCCACCAGGGAAAACGCAGCAAAACGAGUCCAGAUGUUGCGGAGAUUGUUGACUUGCAGCUGCGUCGUGAAAACUGCUGGAAACCUGCCAGUCUGUGUGCUUCUAGUCUGCCCAGGGGUUGGGUUCUUCACGUACAAUGUCACAUGAAACGGAUCGAUUUUGACCCUAAAAGUAAUCAAUGAAGCUGUGUAUAUAAGCAAAAAAAAAA